AUGUUGAACGCUGGCACAAGCGGUAUCCUUCUUAAUGUAUCGUAUUCACCAAUCGCGAAAUCACUCAAUCGAUCUCUAACAGGCGUUGUCCUCGUCUCUGGGUAUAAUCAUCUAGCAAGCAGGUUGUUCUGUCCAUUUGUCUGUGCAUUCAGUCGGAAAUAUGGCAAACAGCCAGUAUUCCUCGUUUCAACACUCUUCGACAUCAUCGGCACUGCCAUAGGCGAGGCGAAACUGGAUUACGAGUACCUACUCGCAGCACGAAUCAUGCAGGGGUUCUCGACCAGUGCUUUUGAGUCUCCGCUAAUUGCCGUCGUGGGUAACAUGUACUUUGUUCAUCAGCGGGGGCUACGCAUUGCAAUAAUCAACUUUAUUCUCGAUUCUGCCUCAAGUUUUGUGUCCAUCAUAUACGGUCAUGUCUAUGCUGAUACAGUGUACUAUUAG